GAGAGAGCAGGCGGCUCGCUGCGUUGAGUCAGUCCGCCGUAGCUGUGCCGACUGGAGGGAUGUGACCCCGGAACAGGACGCCCUCCUACAACAACACCCCAUUCAAACAGAGCACAGAAGAAAGUAAAGCUGGACCAGGAGGGAGCCACAGGAGCAGGGGGGAUGAACCGCGAGGAGGCCCCGGGGAAGUCUCCUGAAGACAUGUACAUCCAACAGAAAGUGCGGGUCCUACUCAUGCUAAAGAAAAUGGGAUCAAAUCUCACACCGAGUGAAGAGGCCUUUCUCCGAAAUUACGCAGGUGUGGUCCACAGUCAGAUGAGCCAGCUGCCACAGCACAACAUAGACCAGGGUGCGGAGGACGUAGUGAUGGCGUUCUCACGGUCAGAGACGGAGGAUCGGCGGCAGUGACCCUGGCCCCCUCCCACACACUCACCCACACACCCACACACAAACACACAUUCAUACAAACACACACACACUCACCCCCCCCCCCGUCCCGCACGUGAUCCACUGCAACAUGAAACUCCACACACACACACGACACUGACGAGCUCAGGAGAAAAGGGAUGCCCGGGAGGGACAGAGGAGGAAGGGAAAAGACUCAGAGGUGGUCCGCCUCGCUCUCCAGCCGGCCUUUUCCAGCCCGACUCCUCCUCGCACACGACGGCGCGCCAUCACCUGAGAUGCACUCAAGUGGGUCACUGUGGGCUGAAGCCUUGGUAACAAGGCAGUCAGAGAAAACACUCAUAUUGUGUGAAUGAUGAUCAAAAAUAGUUUUUUUUUUUUCUUUUUUCUUUUUUUUUUUAUUUCAUUUGUCAGGGAGGGCUGGAGGGGCGGUCUGGUUUUAUUUCGUACUGUUCUGUCCUUGUCGAGGCUUUAGGCAGUGUUACGUGUAUCUGCUGCGGCCGCUGGAGGAAUCCGCCAGGCGGCCUUUGACUGAAGCAAAGAGAAAUCCAGUUUUGGUCAAGCAGCGAGAGACGAUGAGAGUGUGUUAGAAGAGAGAUGUUUAAUUAUUUCUGCCCACCCUAAUCGGGCUAAUUUUUUUCCCCCUCCCUUUUUAAAAAGAAAAAAAAAAUGAGUUGCUGUUUUAUAAAGGCGUUUGUUUUGUCCAUCGAGGGGGGGCCUCGUUUAUAAAUGCACAAUACACACGGGUCGGGAUAUCUGAUCUGCUGUGUUUCAUAUCUGCAAAAACAGGAAACACUGAAGUUGCAGUUAGUAAAACAGGAAAAACAAAGGAUUAGAAGACACUUUAUUCCGCUGUACGUGUUUAUUCAAUCAUGUUGACGCUGUAAAUAGAUAAUGGACAAUUAAAUCUAAACAGACCAUUUGGUGGUGCAUUGACAGACACUUAGAAACGCCUGGCCUCAAAAUGUUUUUGUGCAGUUGAAGAUUGAUAGAUAAAUGGUCUGAAAUUCAGGUUUGUCUUCACUUGAAUCAGAUCAGGGCUGGUUUGUGCAGCAGAAGAAGAUCCAGUAGCCGUCUUCUCCGUCGCGUUGUCUGCAUGCAAACGACAACAAUGCAUCCGAUUUCCUUUCUCUUUCCAUCCUGUCAGAACCGACAGGGUUUACCUCUCAUGGCCUUGACUCCGAGGCUGUUUAUAAUAGCAAGAAUAUAAAAAUGAAACUACCAGAAAGUAGUUGUGAUCUCACCCAGGACUACAGACAAGCUUCACUGCUUUGCGUUGCAUUUUCAGAAAAACACACAGCUACGAUACUGAAGAACUGCCAGGUGUUGACAGUUAAUGUUUCCAGAAAUUGUCGCUGAAGCGCUCACCCAAUUGUACAUUUUUAUAAGGUUCACAGAUGGAAGACUUGCUGUGUUUGUGGUUUUAUAAAUGAGGCCCCGCUUGUUGUUCUGCUGCUUUAUUUUGAAGCCGAGGCCGUCGAGAGUGCAACGUCGCCUUCCUCUCAGAGGAGAGCGUCAGAGUUAAAGACACUACCGGAUAUAUUCACGUCAAACAUGAAACACAUUCUCCCCCAAGAAAAUAACUGGUUUUGGGUCAUUGUGAAAUGUAAAACCUUCUGUUUUUGUUUUUUGUUGUUUUUUUUUUCUUUUUAAUCUGUACAGAUCAUUUCGAAAAUUAAUUUAGUGUGCCAAUUGUAUUUUUCUUUUUUCUUAUUUUUUUUUAUCUGUAAGAUGACAUUAACCGUUAAAGAAAGAGAUGAGCUUGUAGUGUAAUUUAUUGUUUACAGACACCCUGUUUCCUCAAAAGCAUCGAUAAUGACGGAUGAUCAGUGAGCCGGUGGAAACCUCUUUGCUCCUAAAGUCACGCAAACUGUCAUUUCUGAACAAACUGCAUCUAAAAGCCUGAAGCCAAACAUGAGAACUGUGCUAUUUCUGGCUGUACUGCAUCUCUUGCACUAUCGUCAUUGGGAUAUUUGCAAA